CUUGAAUAUAAGAACUGGGCCAGGAUGGACGACUAUCUGGGCGCAAACUCAUCUGGUAGUUGACCUUGAAUAUUAAAACCGCGAGGUUAAAGCAAGGAGAUAUUUUGCCAACAUCAUCGAGGAUGACUGAGUCCAUAGCACAUCCUUCGCGGAAGAUCCUGCUCGUGGUGACAACGGGAGGUUUUACUCAUGCUGCCCCAGUAUUGGAAAUAGGCAGAGUCCUUUCUGAGAGGGGUCACACCAUUGAAUUUGCGACCCUCGACGGGCAAGAGCACUGGAUUAAAGGAUAUGAGUUCAUCACCACCGUGCAUCUUCUGGGUCCAGGCCCGACAGAGGAGCAACUGGAUGCCCAUUACCGGCAGUCGCAGAAAUGGGACAUGUCUCAGAGUCUCGGCGGCCAGAUGGGAUCCAAGUACCUGUUUGAUUCUUUCUGGCCGCAAACAUACCGGCGGUUGAAGGAGAUCAUGGACAAUCCUUCCACCAGACCGAGUAUGAUGGUUGCAGAUGUCUUUGCUGAUGCUGUCAAGGACAUCCAUGUCGAGUAUGACUUUCCCAUUGCCAUGGUCGGGCCUACCUUUCCGUACCUGAUGAUGCCUUGCUCGUACAUUCCGGGUGAGCCUGGCUUUCAGCUCGAGGGUACACUUACAUCAGAACAUGCUUCGAUGUGGCUCCGUAUCAAGAACGAGCUUGUUAUCGUCUCGGGUCUACCGGCAAUCCUGAAAUGGAUCCUAUGGACGAAACGGAUGCGGCGUCGUGACGGUGUCUAUCGUCCACCACAUUUGCCCAAGAAGCCUGAUUACCUGGUGUUUGUCAACACAUUCUUUGGCAUGGAAAUCCCGCGAGAUGUGCCACCUCUAUGUGCGGUUGUAGGACCGUUGCUGGGUGAUACAUAUCCCCCGCUGGAUGCAGACUGUUUGAGGUUCUUGUCCCAACACAAAAAGGUCAUUUACAUUGCCCUUGGGACGCACAUUAUCUUGCCAAACCAGGAUGUGACCAAAAUUGUCUAUGGCCUUCUCCGCUUGUUCGAGGAUGGCUUGAUCGAUGGGGUAAUCUGGGCAGUCGGAGAGAGCGGCCGUCAAGAUCUAGACCCCAACCAGGAAUUCAAGACUUCGAAAGGCACACUGAAACUGCAGGAUUUACUGAACGGUAAUCACCCAGACUGGUUGUUCUCAUAUUUCGCCCCGCAGCGGGCGAUUCUAGACCACGCGUCGACGAAGCUCUACUUCACACACGGGGGCGGAUCGAGCGCCAACGAGGGUGCCUUCCACGGCAAAUGCAUGCUAUCGAUGGGCUUUUUCUUUGACCAAGUCUCUAACACGACACGCUUGGUGGCGGCCGGCGUGGCCGAGUCCCUGAACAAGUUCCAAUUCACGCCCGGGGAGCUCUACACGAAGGCAAAAUUAAUUCUCGAAGAUAAGCAAGGUACAUACCACCGCAAUGCACUUCGGUUAAUGCGCAUUGCUCGGGUGGGGGCGCGCCGGAAAUACCACGCAGCGGAUCUGGUCGAAGAAGUGCUGUAUGAUGACGAGUUGCGACACAUCGACGGAAAGGUAUUACUCCCGAUGCAUCUCCAGACAGCGGAUAUGCGCAUGCCCGCGUUCAAGGCGAAGAACUGGGAUUUGAUGGCCAUCUCUGCCGUGGCGUUGACCAGCUUUGCUGGUUUGGCUGGGUUUGCAGGGAGGUUGCUCUGGACUCAUCGGGCAUUUGUGACGAGGCCGAUUCAGCCAUUCCUAGCAACCCAGGGAUGGUUCAAUAGCAUGCUAGGACGCUCAUGAGUUGGAAGUUGUAUGGAAUGUUACUUUAUUUAAAAAAUGAUUGUCCAUGGCCAUUGUGAACUAGUGAGUAUAUAUAACAUCACUAACCAUAGUGUAGAGCAAUCACCGUCACGAAGAGAGGCAGGGAUAAUACCAGAGCAUCCCAAUGUCCUCUGUGUUAAUUAUCAACCUCAUCCCAUUUCCUAGUGGCUGCCCCGUCCAUCUCAACGCCAGCGUGUUUCCAGACUUUGCGUCUGACCAUAGUACUACUAUUAAUGAAUAUAUGUACAUGUACGGUGUACCACGCCCUAAUAACGAU